CUCAAAUUCGAAACCCUAAUUCUCAUCUUCUUCUGAAAAAUGUCAGGCCGUGGGAAAGGAGGCAAGGGAUUGGGAAAGGGAGGAGCCAAACGACACCGUAAGGUUCUUCGUGAUAACAUCCAAGGCAUCACAAAGCCCGCCAUUCGAAGGUUAGCUCGCAGAGGUGGUGUCAAGCGUAUCAGUGGUUUGAUAUACGAGGAAACUCGUGGAGUUCUCAAGAUAUUUCUCGAGAACGUCAUUAGAGAUGCAGUCACAUACACCGAGCAUGCUCGCCGGAAAACAGUCACUGCUAUGGACGUCGUUUAUGCUUUAAAACGACAGGGGCGUACUCUCUAUGGAUUUGGUGGUUAAAUUUAGGUUAGUGCUGGUGGUACAAAUCGUUUAAGCUACUGUAUAUCAUGCUAGGUUUAUCUUUUUGAUGUUUGAUUCUAGCUUUAAUCAACGAUCUUCAUUUUGGGGGUUGUUUCAUUCUACAAAAAAAUCCUGUAAUUUCUUUAAAAAAGCUAUGGAACAGCUUCGAUUUUAACAAUUAUAAGUAACCUUUUCAUGUUUU